UAUUACCGUCUGCUUUUCUGUUUAGCCAACAGUCAGAAAUUCUGAAAAAAGAUUGUUCAAGUGUCGACGUGUUCUCAAGAUUUGUCGGGAUAUCAACAAGAAGAAAGUGAUCAUCUUUAAAGCACCAGUAACAAAUAAAUUGUUUUGGUGCCUCAACGAGCAACCUGCCAGUAUUAAACUAAAGGGAGUUGACAAAGAAGAGAAUGUGGUUAUGAGGAUCAUUUAAGAGGCAGGAAAUAAGGGCAUUUGGAAUAAAGACAUCUGCACCAAGUCUGGCUUGAAUCCAACAGACCUCAAAAAGAUACUCAAAGCUCACGAAGGGAAGAAUUUGAUCAAAUCUGUCUUGUCUGUUUCAGUUCCAAAGUGAAAAAAUUUGCAUGCUAUUCGAAUUCCAAUCUGACAGAACAGUUACAGGAGGUUCAUGGUACUCCGAAGGUGAAUUUGAAUCAGAGCUGGUGGAUAUUCUGAAUCAGCAAUGCUACAGGAUAUUGCAACAGAAAGCUGAAGCAGCCAAACUUAAAGCUAUGGACGGGCCCUUAAUAGUGCGCAUCGCGUCGUUUCUCUCUUCCAAAGAGAUAUGCCAAAUGAUUUCAGAUCUGAACAUAGUCAAGGUUAAUUUAACAGUUGAAGAAAUCGAAGCCAUUCUCGAAACGCUUGUCUAUGACAGAAAAAUCGAAAUGCGUAUGGUAUCCGAUGGCGAUGAGCAAAUCAAAACGUACAGAACUGUUGAAACGCUCCUGUCUUCUGCUGGAGUUGUUCGAAUCCCCUGCGGAGUUUGUCCAAUCAUCGUGAAGUGCGGUACUGCAGGUGAGGUUCAACCGAAAAAUUGCGCCUAUUAUGAUCAAUGGUUGGAUUAAAAGGAUGAAAUCCCAAGACACUACUAACAUCGAACCAAGGAAGGAUACUUUGAAUUUAAGAGUAAUGUAAAAAUUUAACUUAGAAGACUGUGGAAUGAAAUUUGUAUUAAAACUGUCAUCACAUCUCUCA